AUGGGAGUACAUCCAUUAUUUUUAUAUUGUCAUUGUAACAAACAAAUUCAUAUUUAUCGGAACUACUGUGGAAAUGUUAGUUAUCCGAAGUUGAUUAUUGAUGCUACGGGAUCAGUCGUUAAACCUUUUACGAAAUUUGGACGAGAAAAAACAAAACACGUUUUCUUAUAUGAAGCUCUUGCCUAUGAUGAUGAUAAGAAAUACGGCUUUACUGUAUCCAUCAUGUUGAGCGAAAGGCACAAUAGUACAUCGAUUUUUUUUUGGUUGUCAGAAUGGUUAAAUUGUAACGUUCAGCCUCCGAAAGAUACAGUUUCUGAUACGUCAUUAGCGCUUUUAUCGACGACUACACGGUGUUUCACACAAUACUCUUCACUUAGAACAUAUUAUAUCCAAAUUUGUGUUGGUAUCGUCAUAAAAGAAUGA